UCCGUUUUGAUCACGUGUCAUAACUUCAUACUAAAGGAAAGGAUAUUUCGCGCUGCACAGCUGGUCGCUUAGAAAAAUAUUUUUCAGUUGCACAGUUUGCCUAUUAGGUAGCUUGUGCAUUGUGUGCAGGGUAGGAAACUCUGCACUUAAUUAACCGAGUAAGUUAGUAUUUGUAAAUUGUGUCCCUUAAACGCCUGUCAUGACCACCGAAGUCGAAGUGUCUAAUGUUGAAAUUUUCCAAAAUGGCGAUAGUGAAAUACCAGAAGAAGUGAACGGGAAUGAGUUUACCGAGGUCUUAAAUGGUACUGACAGUCAAUCUCCUGGUGGAAGAAUUAUCAGGAAAGCUAAAAGAUUCCAUCGGCAGAACUCAGGACCUGACGCACUGGUUUUAAAUGGCGAAACUAAGAAUGCAACUCAAGCAAAACAAGCACUUGCUGUAAACAAAAAUAGCCGUAAAUCUAGGGACGGCCGCGGUCGAGGCCUGCCCAAGAAAGGUGGUGCUGGAGGUAAAGGAACAUGGGGAGCACCAGGAGAUGAGAUCUUAGUGGAAGAGAGGUGCAAAGACUCCAAUGACCCCAAUUAUGAUUCUGAAAGUGAGGAUGAAUAUGUUGUUGAAAAAAUUGACCUUGAAGUGUCUCUAGAGGAACUUAAAAAGGUUCUGCAGCCUGUGAUUUCUGAAUACUUCAACCAUGGUGAUACUUUUGAAGUACAGGAAACCUUGAUUGAACUGAAGUUACGCAGCUUAAAACCUAAAGUGAUAGAAAUGAUUUUGAGCAUGGCACUGGACCACAAGUGUACACAUCGUGAAAUGAGUUCAAUCCUUAUUUCUGACCUGUAUGGAAAAGUGCUAACUUCUGAUGAUAUUGCCAGUGGCUUUGAUGAUGUUCUCAGCAGCCUGAGUGACCUAACUAUCGACACACCUGAUGCUCCUACGGUGAUUGGUCAGUUUAUUGCCAGGGCUGUUGCUGAUGACUGUCUUCCUCCUAAAUAUAUGCGGAGUUACAAAGGUAACGUGGAGUGUUCUCAGACUGUUUCUGCUCUGGAGAAAGCAGAGCUUCUGUUGAGCAAGAAACAUGGCAUUGUUCGUCUCGACAACAUCUGGGGCACUGGAGGAGGCAUCAGACCAGUCAAAUAUCUCGUCAAACAGAUGGUUAUGCUGCUGAAAGAAUACUUGGCUGCGGGAGACAUUCAUGAGGCCACACAGUGUCUCCAGGAAUUAGAAGUUCCGCACUUCCAUCACGAGGUUGUCUAUGAGGCUACCGUUAUAGUGCUGGAGGAUGGAAGUGAGCGGUCAGCUGAUAUGAUGUGUAACCUAUUGAAAUCAUGGGGUGAUACACUGGUUCUUACGCCAGAACAAAUGUGUCAGGGAUUUAAGCGGGUAUAUGAUGCACUGCCAGAUAUUACUCUGGAUGUCCCGGCAGCUUACACCCUGUUAGAGCGAUUUGCCACUUUGUGCCACAAGGGAGGGGUGAUAUCUAGUGAUCUCUUUCAAGAACUACCUCAGAGGGGACGUAAGCGUUUUGUGUCUGAGGGAGAUGGUGGCCGACUCAAGGAGCAGAUCAUGUAGACAUGUGAUGGGUCCGAGGCCGACAAUGGUGUGCCGUCCUGAUGACAUUGGUUACCAUGGACUAUUUUAAAGUCAUUAUGGCAGUUCACAUGGAAACGUCAUGGGGACGAAGUGCUAUAAAAGUGGGUGUUGGCUGGCAGCAAUUCUACAGUAUUGACAAUGUAGAUUUCUUUUUCACACAAAAAAGUGUUUAAACCUUUGACUUUAUUGUACGUAGUUAAAGUGUGAUGUAUAUAUGUACUGUGAUACUUGAGGUCACGGUGUAAUGUUUAUUUACACACUGGUUGUAUGUGCGUCUAUCUUGUUGAUUGGAAUCUUUUGUAUCGAUCUUGCAACCACUGCCGCUUUGUUGGGUGAUGUUAGGAAUCACCAAACCUUUAUGUGUGUUUAUAUUGAUUGAUGUGAAAGUAAACAUCCUUGUUUUAUUUUCCUUUAUUUUCCUUAAAUCUGCAGUUUUCUGUUUUCAGGCAUUCAUAUACAAUUUUAGUUUUUAAACUUCUUGGUUAAAUAUUUUUUGAUUUGGUGCAUGUUAUAUGCUCUGCAUUGAUUUUUGUCAUGAAAGCUUGCUUUACUUGAAGAAUAUAAUGUUCUGUAAAUUAAACAAAGUACUAAACUAAUAGCUCACAUUAAUAUUUGUAUAUAGGCUUAAUUUGAUGCAUUAUACAAAAAUAUUUAAUUAUAAUUUCACACAAUAUAUCAUGUAUUCAGUAUUAAAUAGAAAUAAGUGAAUUGAGGACAGUUUUCAGUGCCUGAAUAAGUCUUCAGAAACAUACCAUAUUACCGUGUUAAAUGUGUAUGCAACAAGGUACAGUAUGCAAUUUUGGGUGAGUUCGCCCAAAGCUCUUCUUGAAGAAAACAUUUUGAUACUUGUGGGAGUUUAUUUGAAGGUCAAUUCAUUUUUGGUCACAAGGUAAAACAUUUGAAAUUGAAGAAGUUGUUAAAGCAUAUGUCAACAUGUACAUGAUAUACUUGUGUGCAAGUGGGAUUGGUACUAUAGUGUUAUUUCGACAUGUAAUGUCAGUCUGAUUUUUUAUACAAAACCUUACCUAAUGUGCAUAUCGUUUUCAUGAUGUACGUAUCAUCAAAACCAGAUGUAAAACCCAAUGAAUUUAAUUAUAAUCCAAAGAGUUUAAAUUGAAUUGCAAUAAAGCUAGAUUUUUUUUAAAUUACAUUUACUGAUAUAAAUACUCUUUUUGAAUGACUACACUUCAAAGGAAAAUACUUGUCUGUCAUAUUUAUUGAAAAUUAUGGUCACACUCGUAAAAUUAUGAGAUCAAUUAUUUGAUAAUUUAUGAAUUUGAUUUUGUUCCUUUUUGAUAAAGUUUCGUUCAUUUUGUUGACAGGUAUUUUGUAGAUAAUUUACAAAAAAUCCCUGAUUCUGAUUUGUAAUUAAGCAUGUAAACAACAUGACAACACCAUUUGUUAUUGAACCAUACAAGUAUGUUAACUCCUAUGUCAUACAAUUAUAUAUUAUCUGUAUUUGAAUAUUACACAGUUAAAAAUAGUCAUUAAAAAAAAAGAAGAUAAAUACCCAUUUAUAUCUUAAAAAAUAUUUUUUCAUUGUCCUUGUUACAAAAAAAGCAUAAAACUCUGUCCUUUUCCUGGAUCUUUGAUAGACCAUUAUGAUGCAACAGCAUGUGGUGGGAUUAAUCGGGGGACACGAGUGAAUGGAGAGAAGGGAUGGCGUUGACCUUGAGAAUUAGACAAACUGAAGGGCUGUUGCUCUUCGUUUUGCUGUGCAAUUGUAUUUUGUCAUGAAAUCAUGCUCACAUUGACCAAUAAAUGCUGGUUAUAGUUUAAUAA